AAGCACCUGUCUGGCUGGAGGACGUGGCUCUCGCCCAGCCCCUAGGGGGGGUUGUGUGCUCCUGUAGGCCGAGCGCGCUUCUUUUUUUUGUGGAGCUGCGUUUGUAAAAGCGACUUUUAAUUGGUUUGAGGUCCCCGAGUAUGUAAAGAGACGCGGAUGGCUCCUCCCAUGCACCUGAUGGGGAGUAUUUACAGCUCUUUACAGCUAACUCGCUUGCACUGUUUCCAAAGAGCGCAGCGACGCACCAUGACACUCCACUGGACUUAAAGGAGCAAUAAGGAUUUCCGUCUCCACGCAGUAAAACUCGCCGCUGUGUAUUAUUAUUUAUUUAUUUUCACGACAAAAAAAGGUUUGGCAAUAAGUUGCCCAGCACUUUUUUUUUGUUGCCAAGAUGCCGCGCUCAUUUCUGGUCAAGAAACAUAUAAACUCCGCAAGGAAGCCAAAUUACAGCGAGCUGGACAGCCCGACAGUGUUCAUCACGCCGCACAUCUACAGGGGGAUCCCCCAGCCGGAGAUCCUGAGCCCGGCCGCCUACAGCCCCAUCACCGUGUGGACUACCAGCAGCUUGCCGCUGUCUCCGCUCCCCAGUGACCUCUCCCCCAUCUCCGGAUACCCAUCGUCGCUCUCCGACGCCUCCUCCAAAGACCACAGCGGCUCCGAGAGCCCGAGGAGCGACGAGGACGAGCCGAUGCUCCCCAAACUCACGGACCCUCACGGGGUGGAGGCAGAGAAGUUCCAAUGCGGGCUGUGCAGCAAGUCCUACUCCACGUACUCUGGACUGCUGAAGCACAAGCAGCUGCACUGCGACGCCCAGGCGAGGAAAUCCUUCAGUUGUAAAUACUGCGAGAAGGAGUACGUGAGCCUGGGGGCUCUCAAAAUGCACAUCAGGACUCACACGUUGCCUUGCGUUUGCAAAAUAUGCGGGAAGGCGUUCUCCAGACCGUGGCUGCUCCAAGGACACAUCAGGACGCACACCGGAGAGAAGCCGUUCUCCUGCCCUCACUGCAACCGGGCCUUCGCCGACAGGUCCAAUCUCAGGGCUCACCUACAGACCCAUUCGGAUGUGAAAAAAUACCAAUGCAAGAACUGCUCCAAAACCUUCUCCCGGAUGUCUCUGCUGCACAAGCAUGAGGAAUCUGGUUGUUGCGUAGCACACUGAAACCGGGAUACUAUUCCACCAGCGCCAGAAGAAAAGAAAACAAAACCCUCUUGUUGCUUCUAUUUUUUUUGUUUUUUUUCCCCCCAGGAGAACUGUCAGGGAAUCACUUCGAAGGGGGUUUGUUCCCACAUAUGCAGACAUUUUUUUCUUCUUCAUUUUUUUCCUCCCUCCUUCUCCUUCGAGCGGUCCAUUUCAUUUCAGAGUGAGAAAUAUCUCCGGCGCUCACGUGCUUCUCGUCUCGAGCGGCGUGUUUCUGUCGUGUCGUGUACUUACUUACCUACCUGUGCUAUUCAUGCACUUUUCUCCCCCCCUGCAUGUCUAGAAUGUUUUAUUAUGCCUUCACAAUGUUAUCGUCAGUGUUUUGUAUAAUGUGUCUAUCAAUGGCUGUUAUGCAGUCCUCCACUUUUUUUUUUUCUUCUUCUACAGACCACACAAACGAUACCAAAAAGGCGCAUUAUGAAUGACAGUACACGUAUAACAAGAGGAAUACCGAAGCCAUUGUUACUUAGGGAACAAGUGCAAACUUUGUUUUUUGGGUGAAAUUAUUUUUAACUUUUGCACAGUCAUUAGAAACCUGCACUCGAAGAGCAGAACAACCCUUCUCAAGUGCCUCCGUUUGCCUCGGCAAUAAUAUGUAUUAUUCAACAGUUUCCUGUUUCUAUUUUUAUAUAUUGAAUGUAAGCGUGACUGAGAUGAUUGUAUAUUUACAGUGAAAACUGUGAUGCAGAAUGACUUUUUUCAUAUUUUCAUAUUUUUCAUGACACUUUUUAGAAAAAUAAAGUUUCAUGACAUUUUGUAUAA